GGCGGUGUGCGCGGCUCAUGGCCGUUGGCGGCGAUGACGGACUACAGCGAGGAGCAGCGCAACGAGCUGGAGGCCUUGGAGUCCAUUUACCCGGACUCGUUCACGGUGUUGUCAGAAAAGCCAACAACUUUCACUAUUACUGUGACAUCGGAAGCAGGCGAAAACGAUGAAAAUGUCCAAACAACCCUUAAGUUUACCUACAGAGAAAAAUACCCUGAUGAAACUCCUCUUUAUGAAAUUGUCUCUCAGGAGAAUCUUGAAGAUAAUGAUGUCACAGGCAUAAUAAACCUGUUGGAACAGCAGGCAGAAGAAAAUUUGGGAAUGGUAAUGAUCUUCACUCUAGUGUCUGCAGUACAGGAGAAAUUAAAUGAAAUAGUGGAUCAAAUAAAAACACGAAGAGAAGAGGAAAAGAAACAGAAAGAAAGAGAAGCAGAAGAAGAGGAGAAACAACGCUUUCAUGGCACUCCUGUUACAAUUGAGAAUUUUCUGAACUGGAAAGCAAAGUUUGAUGCAGAACUCUUAGAAAUUAAAAGAAAGAAGAUGAAAGAAGAAGAACAAGCUGGCAAAAAUAAAUUAAGCGGGAAACAGCUGUUUGAAAUGGAUCACAACCUUGAUACAUCUGACAUCCAGUUCUUGGAGGAAGCUGGAAACAGCGUGGAGGUUGAUGAAUCUUUAUUCCAAGAAAUGGAUGAUUUAGAGUUGGAGGAUGAAGAAGAUGACCCUGACUACAACCCUGUUAAUUUAGAUAGUGAUUAGACUUUUUUUGAACUGGCUCUGUCAUCAGUAUGGACUUACGUGAGGAGAGAGAAGCAGGCAGAAAAACCACAGCAUCUGUGGUUGUAGUAAUGUGUAUUGAUUUUCCUUUUUUCAAAGAAAAAAAUAUUUUACAUCUAGGAGUAUGGUCUUCUGAUGACUAUCAUCAUAAAUAAAUUGACUAAUAUUUCACAUGAAAAACUUGAGGCAUACUCUUCUGGUUAUUUUUCUUUUUCCUCCACUUCUUUAAGCAUCCUCUGAAGAGACGUGACAGCAAGCAAGAAGGAAAGAUGGCAUGGUGAUUGUUAAACGCACCUGCAUGCGGAAGCUGAGUUCUGCUAUCUUCUUUGUAGGAUAUACAUGGGGAAGUUCAUUGAGUAGAACAGUUUAUGUGCUAUGCAGGAUUUUUUCUUUGAAAUUUUAUAACGCAAUAAAUGAUGGUCAUUUCUGAUAUCCCAAAUUAUUAGCUGAACAACUGUAGAUAGGCAGCACUAGUCAUUUUUUAGUAAGGCAUAGCCUUUUUAAUGUUAAAUGGAAACCACUUACAUGUUAGAGUGAAAUUUUGUUUGCCACAGCUUCAAAAUGAAAUGGUUGAUUUCAAAAUGGUUGAUGUGUUUAGAAAGUUGGUUUUCUUUAUUAUUUCUUGUGAAUCAGUGAACUUCCAUGAGAGAAAAAAUCAUUUGCUUUUGGCAACAGUAAAUGUGAGAACACUGUCAGAGUGCAGAAUGCAAUAACGGUAUUUUAUAGUGUGCUUACAUUUGAAGUUGCUGAGAGUUUUUUAGAAGCAGAUUGUUGGCACUCUGUGAAAGUCUUAACAUAUAGUAAAGUUAAUAUCUGUGAGUUGCUGGGUAGCCUUUUAACCCAUCUGAAGAGUUCCUUGUGGAGCUACUAGCUUUAUGUUAGACUCCACCUCCCUUCACGCCUCCAGAAAGCCUAGAACACUGAAGAAAUGUGUGUAAAGUGUUUGGUACUGUGUCAGGUGGAAGGACGGUGUGGAUGAAGGUUUCAAGAAGCAGCUCUCUGAACAGAUAACUGCCAGGCACCUUGAUGAUUAGAAGCUGUGUGCUAGAUUUUAAAACACUUCUGGUAGAUUGCCUUAACUGCUCCAGCUUCAACCUUUUUAAAAGAGGAUUGCACUAAAGUAUCUAUGCUUAGAAGAUUCAUGGAUUUAUGAACUUUAAUAUUUGGAAAUUUCUUGCUCAAGAGGAGAAAUUUGAUUCCAGAAAUAAUUUAAUGAUGUAUAAGAUUCUCUGCUCAUGCCAUUUGAGGACAUCUGUUCAGGAUGAUCAUGUAUAAUGUUUCAGUAGUCUUGUCUUUUUGUACUCAAGGAAUAAAUUAUAGUUCCGAGUAGAUAGAAAUAAAUAUUCAAGUACCCUGUAAAUGGUUUUAUAAAUGAACCAUGUGCCUUUGUUCCUACCAUCUUCUAUUUGAUGUUUAUAAUUUUGGCACCUAAGAACUUGAGACAAGCAUCUAAGUUUCAGUUAUAACAUUGUGUGUUUCAAAGCAAUAAGGAGGAUCUGUGUUCCAGCAGGUAUUACCAAAUAUAUUUAAAAACUUGUAAGCUAAUGUGCUAUUUAAAGUCUGACUUUUCCAAAGAUGCAGUUGGAUUGAAAGGUUUGUAAUAACUGUGUCCAGUUUCCUGUGUAAUUGCUAGCACACUUUUAAAUGCUGUUCAGCACAGAACUUAAUUUUCUUCUAUGUCUCAUCAGCUGUAUGGAAGCCUCCCAAGGUCGCUUUCAGUUGUCACUUGUUUGUCUAAAAUGAGUGUAUUUUUCAUAAAAGCAAUGAGUAAGUUCUCUUCAAAUCUGGACUGAAUCCAAGAAUGUUAUAUAGUCUGUGCAAAAUAUGAUCAUCUGAGAAAGUUUUCUGAGUGGGUCACCGAUGAUACAACAAUCACAUAAAUGUGGAAAAGAGUUUCUUAAUAAUUUCUAGAUUAAUGGGGCUUUCUGUUUUGUUUUCACACUAAUAUGUUUAUUGGUUUUUAUGCAAAGAUUAUGUAGCUUUAAGAAGUUAUAACUGUAAAGUUAAAAUUAUAUUUUCAUUGCUACUUACAUCUUUUUUUUUAUCAGAACAGAGGAAAUGAGGAUUGAAGUGACAAAAAAAAAUUUCUUCAAGUCCAUUUCUCCAAGUCUUUGAAACAAGUUUCAGUGACUCAGUCUAAACUUCUGAUUUGUUUAUUAGCAAUUAGCAUUUGUGAAAUAAAAGGUAAUUUUACUGAGUAGA